AUGGCAUCACGGCGUGGACGAGGAAGGGCAAACAGUAGAAGUAACAGCAGCAACGACAACGACCAUCAAAACAGUCCUGACUUCCUUUGGAUCAAUCGUGGCCCUGAAUCUGAAAGGUUAUCUGCUACCAGACAAGAACGAGAUGAACUUCGAACCAUCACCAGUCAUGCCAGACAAUGGAGGGCGGCUUUGAGGCGUCAACAGAGGCUCGACACCGCUCAAAAUCAGGCCACUCGAGCGCAAAGUAUUGUGGGCUGGAGUAGACAGGGCAAUCUGUCUGAGGCCAGCUCUGCCGAGACUUCGUCUGCUCCUUCUCCAACGCCUUUGACUCACAUCACACGCAACGGUACCGACCCUUUUUUGUAUUUGGAAACCCCAGAUGACGCUUGGUGGUCCCAUCAUGCUUUUCAAUAUGCGGUGGGGAGCUGGCUGCCUUCCAUCUUCCAGGAUUUGGAUGUUCUGGAUGAAAACAUGGCUUCUCCUGCCUCUUCAGUCGCGACGAUAGAUCGCAUCGUUCAAGGUUGUCUGGCUAAUAGGAUGCAUAUGUUUUCAUUGCUUGCGGCCAGUUCUGGUUUUCUCAAAUAUGUCCUGAGGCUUCCGCUCGAACGGCAUGACUCUCCAGAAUAUUGCAUGGGCAGGGCUCUGGAAUAUUUACGACAUCAACUGGUCAGUGAUCCACGUGCCAACGAACUUCUCAUAUUCGAUCUUCAAGCACUUUCCACUUUUGAAAGAUAUGUGGACAACUUUGAAGGCGCCAGAACACAUCUUCGAAUGGUCGUGCAUCUCGUCAGAGCAAUGGGAGGACUGAACAUUCUCGAGCUUCCCAUGCAACUGCUUUGUUGGCUGUGGGAUUUGUUGGUGGCAGGUGGCGCGGGAGAAGCGCCUCUCAUGGCACUGACUUGGGAUCCCGGAUUACUGCCCAGUGACACAAUGCGAGGAGAGAUUCUACCACACUUGGCUCAAAAUGGAAUUGUUCCUAGUGACUCGACCAUGCUUGAAUAUUCUGCCGCAGUGCAACACGAACUUUCGCUGAUCAUUGCUGACGCGGUGGAAUGGUUUCGAGUGGAGCAAUCUGUUUGUCUCCUCAACUUCACGCCAUCUCCAAUAGAGGCGUGGGCUAGGAGACGAUCGUAUGCACUUGUUCAUCGUUUACUUUCAUUCUACACCCACUCUCCCUCAGGGACGUCUUCGCCAGAACUUCUACAACCUGCACUUUCGGAGAGUGUGAAGCAGGCCAUUCUGUGUCUCAUUUCAGACAUGGAAUCUGUGCGACGUUCUCAACUAGAUUCCUCAUCCAAUAGAGAUUCCUCAUCCAUUACAUGGGCCAACCCCAGUCGCCUACGCCAGGCUUUGAGCACAAUGAUGCAAUCCAGUGAAGACUGGGCGGUACAUCACGAAGAGAUAGUCUUCUGGAUGGCAUGCGUGGGAGCGCAAAAUUCCUCAGAGCACCACCCAGAUGACCGCCACUGGUUUCUGGGUCUCGCCACACAAAUCGCUCGCAGGCGAGAUAUUUCGAGCCCGGACGGCUUGGUUCAACUCAUGGCCAGAUAUCUACAUCGAUGUGAGCCUUCUGGUAUGCCAGACGUUUCUGGGCUGGAAAGUAUUUUGGGAUAA